CUUUUUGUGUACGUUUAGCUUAGUAGCUAGCAGAGUGCAUAACGUUAGCCAACGUUAAGCACACUGUUGAAACAAUCACAUACAAUUCUGCGUAUAUUAUACGUUUCUGCGUAUUAACGGGAAUAUUUAGGGUUCAGUGAUGUAUGAUCAAGAUGAGGAUAUCCAAUAUGAUGAAGAUGAAGAUGAAAUCACACCAGAUUUGUGGCAGGAAGCCUGCUGGAUUGUCAUCAGCUCCUACUUCGAUGAGAAGGGCUUGGUGCGGCAGCAGCUGGACUCCUUUGACGAGUUCAUCCAGAUGUCCGUGCAGAGGAUCGUGGAGGAUGCCCCUCCCAUCGACCUGCAGGCUGAGGCCCAACACACGUCAGGAGAGGUCGAAGAGCCGCCUCGGUACCUGCUGAAGUUCGAGCAGAUCUACCUGUCCAAGCCCACCCACUGGGAGAGGGAUGGAGCCCCCUCGCCCAUGAUGCCCAACGAGGCCAGACUCCGAAACCUCACGUACUCUGCUCCCCUGUACGUGGACAUCACCAAGACCAUCAUCAAGGAGGGCGAGGACCAGCUGCUGACCCAGCACCAGAAGACCUUCAUCGGGAAGAUCCCCAUCAUGUUGAGGUCCACCUACUGCCUGCUCAGCGGCCUGACCGACCGAGAUCUCUGCGAGCUCAACGAGUGCCCUCUGGACCCCGGAGGAUACUUCAUCAUCAACGGCUCUGAGAAGGUUCUGAUCGCCCAGGAGAAGAUGGCCACCAACACUGUGUACGUGUUCGCCAAGAAGGACUCCAAGUAUGCCUACACAGGGGAGUGUCGCUCCUGCCUGGAGAACUCCUCCCGCCCCACCAGCUCCAUCUGGGUCAGCAUGAUGGCCAGAGGAGGACAGGGAGUGAAGAAGAGUGCCAUUGGUCAGAGGAUCGUCUCCACCCUGCCUUACAUCAGACAGGAAGUGCCCAUCAUCAUCGUUUUCCGUGCCCUGGGCUUUGUGUCUGACAGGGACAUCCUGGAACACAUCAUCUAUGACUUUGAUGACCCUGAGAUGAUGGAGAUGGUGAAGCCGUCCCUGGACGAGGCCUUCGUGAUCCAGGAGCAGAACGUGGCUCUCAACUUCAUUGGCUCCCGAGGAGCCAAGCCUGGCGUCACCAAGGAGAGGAGGAUCAAGUACGCCAAGGAGGUGCUGCAGAAGGAGGUGCUGCCUCACGUGGGAGUCAGCGACUUCUGCGAGACCAAGAAGGCCUACUUCCUAGGGUAUAUGGUACACAGACUCCUCCUGGCAGCCCUGGGGAGGAGAGAGCUGGACGACAGAGAUCACUAUGGCAACAAGAGGUUGGACCUGGCUGGUCCAUUGUUGGCCUUCCUGUUCAGAGGAAUGUUUAAGAACUUGCUGAAGGAGAUCAGGAUCUACGCCCAGAAGUUCAUCGACCGAGGGAAGGACUUCAACCUGGAACUGGCCAUCAAGACUCGCAUCAUCUCUGACGGGCUCAAGUACUCCCUGGCCACGGGGAACUGGGGCGACGUGAAGAAGGCCCAUCAGGCCAGGGCUGGGGUAUCUCAGGUGUUGAACCGGCUGACCUUCGCCUCCACCCUCUCCCAUCUCCGGCGCGUCAACUCCCCCAUCGGCCGGGACGGCAAGCUGGCCAAGCCCCGGCAGCUCCACAACACCCUGUGGGGGAUGGUGUGUCCUGCAGAGACCCCGGAGGGCCACGCUGUAGGGCUAGUGAAGAACCUGGCCCUCAUGGCCUACAUCUCUGUGGGCUCGCAGCCCUCGCCCAUCCUGGAGUUCCUGGAGGAGUGGAGCAUGGAGAACCUGGAGGAGAUCUCACCAGCCGCCAUUGCUGACGCCACCAAGAUCUUUGUGAACGGCUGCUGGGUGGGGAUCCACAAAGACCCAGAGCAGCUGAUGAACACCUUGAGGAAACUGAGGAGGCAGAUGGACAUCAUCGUAUCUGAGGUGUCCAUGAUCAGGGACAUCAGAGAGAGGGAGAUCAGGAUCUACACGGACGCAGGCAGGAUCUGUCGCCCCCUGCUGAUCGUAGAGAAACAGAAGCUGCUGCUGAAGAGGAGACACAUCGACCAGCUGAAGGAGAGAGAGUACAACAACUACAGCUGGCAGGACCUGGUGGCCAGUGGGGUGGUGGAGUACAUCGACACCCUGGAGGAGGAGACGGUGAUGCUGGCCAUGACCCCUGACGACCUCCAGGAGAAGGGCGUGGCCUACUGCUCCACUUACACCCACUGUGAGAUCCACCCCUCCAUGAUCCUGGGGGUGUGCGCCUCCAUCAUCCCCUUCCCUGACCACAACCAGUCCCCCAGGAACACGUACCAGUCUGCCAUGGGGAAGCAGGCCAUGGGAGUGUACAUCACCAACUUCCACGUGCGCAUGGACACCCUGGCCCACGUGCUGUACUACCCCCAGAAGCCCCUGGUCACCACCCGCUCCAUGGAGUACCUCCGCUUCAGAGAGCUGCCUGCAGGGAUCAACUCUAUUGUGGCUAUUGCCUCAUAUACUGGAUACAACCAGGAGGACUCUGUCAUCAUGAACAGAUCUGCUGUGGACCGGGGAUUCUUCAGGUCUGUGUUCUACCGCUCCUACAAAGAACAGGAGUCGAAGAAGGGCUUUGAGCAGGAGGAGAUCUUUGAGAAGCCCACCAGAGAGACCUGUCAGGGGAUGAGACACGCCAUCUACGACAAGCUGGACGACGACGGGCUGAUCGCGCCCGGCGUGCGAGUGUCCGGCGAGGACGUCAUCAUCGGCAAGACGGUGACGCUGCCGGAGAACGAUGACGAGCUGGACAGCACCAACCGCCGCUACACCAAGAGGGACUGCAGCACCUUCCUCCGCACCAGCGAGACGGGCAUCGUGGACCAGGUCAUGGUCACCCUCAACCAGGAGGGCUACAAGUUCUGCAAGAUCAGGGUCCGCUCGGUUCGUAUUCCUCAGAUCGGUGACAAGUUUGCCAGUCGGCAUGGACAGAAGGGGACCUGUGGGAUCCAGUACAGACAGGAGGACAUGCCAUUCACGUGCGAGGGCAUCACCCCAGACAUCAUCAUCAACCCCCACGCCAUCCCCUCCAGAAUGACAGUUGGCCAUUUGAUCGAGUGUCUCCAGGGCAAGGUGUCUGCAAACAAGGGUGAGAUCGGCGACGCCACACCCUUCAACGAUGCUGUGAACGUGCAGAAGGUGUCCAACCUUCUGUCUGAGUACGGCUACCAUCUCCGUGGAAACGAGGUGCUGUACAACGGCUUCACCGGCCGCAAGCUCACCUCCCAGAUCUUCAUCGGGCCCACCUACUACCAGCGUCUGAAGCAUAUGGUGGACGACAAGAUCCACUCCCGUGCCCGUGGGCCCGUCCAGAUCCUCAACAGGCAGCCCAUGGAGGGUCGGUCACGUGACGGCGGCCUGCGUUUCGGAGAGAUGGAGCGGGAUUGCCAGAUCGCCCACGGAGCCGCUCAGUUCCUGAAGGAGAGGCUGUUCGAGGCGUCCGACCCCUACCAGGUCCACGUGUGUAACCUGUGCGGCCUGAUGGCCAUCGCCAACACACGCACACACACCUACGAGUGCCGGGGCUGCCGCAACAAAACCCAGAUCUCGCUGGUGAGGAUGCCGUACGCCUGCAAGCUGCUGUUCCAGGAGCUCAUGUCCAUGAGCAUCGCCCCACGCAUGAUGACCAGCUAGGGGGCGGAGCUCCGUGUGAUGACCAGCUAGGGGGCGGAGCUCCGUCUAGGCACGUAAUUAUGUGUUGGAGGAAUGUCAAAGACAUCGUCUCCACAGAGUGAGAGGGAUGAAGGGAGAGGGUGAGGAAGGGAUGGAUUGCGGGGGUGAGGGAGGGAUGGAUGGCGGGGUGAGGUAAAGGGAGAGAGGGAAGAAGAGGAUAUUGGAAAGGUGUGCAUCAAGAGAAUGUAAAAUGAAACUUAACAGUUGGCUUAUUUUAGUGCCAACUGUCAUUUCCCUUUUUUGAUGUAUUGGAAGGCAUUUGUAUCAUUUUACUGAAAUGAAAAGUAACAUUUUGUCUCUGUUGUUUUUUGUAAAAUUAGAAGAAAUAAACACUUGUUUUUAAUGGGGUGUGAAGAGCUUUUAUUACAGUAAUUUAUCUGAGCAGCCACAGCUACCUCCUGUGAACAUAUUUUAUUACUCAUAACUCACCUUUUCAUGUAACCAAUCACUUCCAGUAUAACUGUACCAACACCUUAAAGUCAAAUCUGUUUAUUAGUAAUAUACGACACGAGUCACAUCAUGGUAUUAGUAAAGCCUUUCUUUCAAAGCGAAUACAACAUUAACAUACAAUGUCUGAAUGAAAAAAAUAAAACUUGAAGAGCGAAGCCUGCAGAUCCAGUGAGGCUACUCUGGAGCUGCAGGACUCCACUAACAGCACCCAUAGUGUGUCUACUCACACAGACACCUCCUCUUCCAAACCAUCUCAAAUGUGUUGCUUAUUCAACUAAGGCCUUACAGUACCACUGACAUCCAACUCUGUUUGGUUUGGUUGUUAAGCCCUUGGCAUGCAAGCGAUGGGAUUAUGUCAAAGUGCGAGAGUGUUUGUUUUGCCUGUGUGUAUGUCUCCAUCCCUCAGUACAAUAGCUCGUGUAAAAGCACGUCUGCAUGGCUUGCCAAGCCCUGUUAACGAGGAAGAAUGGUUUGUGUGCUUAACAGGAAGUCUGAGUUUUGUACAUUGAAAAUAACGGAAUGGCGGCUGUACUGUUUACAUUCAGGCUGUGUUGUUGACAAGUUGUUUUAAUUUGGUAUCUGUCUGUUCCUGCUUUAACCAACAAACUGCUAAUUUUAUGUUGAGCACCCAGACUGCCGCUAAGCUAAAAAAAAAAAAACAUUUAAAGGAAUAAUUCACAAAUAUAUCGUAAUCUUUUGGGGCUCAAGGGUGAGGCAGACUUGUAAAAUAC